AUGUCUACCGGCGACCUCGAACUCGAGUAUUGGAUUAAGAGCUAUUGGAUACUGCUAAUUGACAACCGGACCACCUUUUCUGCGACAACCGUAUGGCUGUAUGACUAUAUCGAUACUCUUCCCACUGAGAUACUAGUCAUCUGGUCCAACUGUUUGACCAUCACAUCGAGCGUCUUCCUGAUCAAUAGAUAUGGAUUUCUGAUAUACCUGGUCUUUUCAUUGGCGGCUUCGGUUGGCGGCACAAUGACGGAUACCCUCUGUCGUGAUAUAGAGUACGCCGGGAACGCGUUGUGGUCUCUAACAGCGAUCACAACUUCGGGACUACUCACCAUGAGAGCAUGGUGUAUCACUGGAUAUAACAGAAAGGUCUUUGCUAUAUGUGGUAUCUUUGUGGUCUCAGCUUCUAUCCUGGACAUCUACAGCUCUUUUGGACUAGCCACAGGAGCAUCGAAUGCAGGAUCCAUUCUCAGUACAUUGUCAAACUGCGGGGCCAAUGAACCGAACCAAUCCCUUUUAGAUAGUACAGCUCGUGGAGGCAGCCAUAAACUCGUUGCUCGCCAACAUUUUACCACGUACGCCAACAGCGGAGGCUUGGGCAAUCUGGUGUCUCUGAGGUCUUUCUACGAGAUGGAGCGAUACACUUUCUGUAUGUUUCUGCAAAAGGACUCGAGUGGUAACUCCCAGGCUAAGGCUGGUGUUGUGGACAAAAACAGCACUUAUACGAGCUCUCUGUGGUCAACAGGCCUCACACCAUAUCUAAAUAUAUUUCCUAACCUCAUUAUGAACCGCCUGGUCCUGAACCUCAAGUCAUAUUCCGAUCCGCAUUCCGGAGAUGUUUCCGCGACUCUUCCGCUUUCAGAGCUCAGGUUCAACAUAGUUCUCGGGAAUAUAGGAGCGCCAGUUGAACCAAGACAGAAUACAAGGUCGCUUAUAGAGGAUGACAUUCUUUUCGUCAGAAAUGGAAGUCUCCAGGGGACCGUCAUGGACCCUGUGGAAUAUGGAAGCAACGACGCGGAUAGAAUUGAGAUGGUAUAA